AUGAAGAGUGUCUGCUCAUAUUACCGAAACCGCUCCCACAAUUUCCUGCGGGACCUGGCGAAGCUCGAUAAUUGGGCAGUUAGCAUUCAAGAUAUUCAGAAGGCUGAAGACAGCUUGCGCCGCGAUAUCGGGGGAUUUGGUAACCAACAAGUUCGGUCACGACUGGAAAAUAUUGCGGGCCACAUCAAAAGUCAGGAGUUAGAGAUCAAAGGCAUAGCGAAAACUCUGGAGGAGCAGCUUCGCAGAGAAACAGCCGCCGAAGAUCAAGAGUGCCUGAGGGCUCUGUGGCCGCAUGACCCCUAUGUUGAAAAGAGACGGAUCGAGGAUACAAAGGGAGGCCUCUUGCAGGACUCUUUCAGCUGGAUACUCGAAAACGAAGACUUUCAGAGGUGGUUCCAGGAUCCAGGACGCCCAUUGCUGUGGAUCAGAGGUGAUCCAGGCAAGGGAAAAACGAUGCUCUUGUGCGGCAUUGUCGACAGCCUCCAGAAGCUGGCGCCAUCCAGUCUCGUCUCUUUUUUCUUCUGUCAGGCGACGGACCAGCGAAUCAACAACUCGGCUGCAAUUCUGAGAGGUCUGAUAUUCCUCCUCGUCGACCAACAACGCCAUCUCUUGAAGCAUGUGCGGGACCGCUAUGUCCACCAAGGGACAUCUCUGUUUGAACCACCAAGCGCGUGGUAUGCCUUAUCCGACAUCCUCCAGUCUCUUCUGGCUGAGUUGGAUGCCAGUAAACAACCCACUUGUCUUUUGGUUGACGCACUCGACGAGUGUGUUAGCGAGGAUGUACCUCAACUUCUCGACUUCAUUGUGAAGAUGUCUAGGGAAACGCCGUACGUCAAAUGGGUUGUCUCGAGUCGCAAUUGGCAACAUAUUAUCGGCAAAAUGGAGAGACUUGGACCAGAAGCCCAACUCAGUCUGGAGCUGAACGCGGAAUCAGUGGCCUCGGCUGUUCAGGUAUACAUCCGUCAGAAGGUUCUAGAAUUAAGCGAAGACAAGAAAUAUAAAGAAGACAGAGAGAAGGAGAUCCGAGACUACCUCUCAGCCAAUGCUGAUGGCACCUUUCUCUGGGUAGCAUUGGUUUGCCAGAACCUUCAGAGUGUCCCAUCAUGGAAGGCUCUGGAGACGCUGGCAGCUGCUCCCCCUGGACUAGAGCCUUUCUAUGAAAAGAUGUUCCAGGGCAUCAGUAGCUCCGACGGAGCCGAGAUCUGUGAGCGCAUUCUUACUGUUGCCACAGUCGCCCGCCGACCACUCACGCUGCCUGAACUCAUUGCGCUCGCAGCAACACCAGGAGAACCAGACGAGAAAACUCAAGCUGUUCGUGACCUCAUAGGGCAAUGUGGUUCACUCCUUACCAUUCGGGAUAAAGUUGUCUAUUUCGUUCAUCAGUCAGCGAAAGACUUCUUAUUCGAGAUGAUCACGAAGCAACAGUUCUCCCUUGGGAUGAGCAAGGCCAAAGGUUACAUGGUGACAAGGUCCAUAGAGCUCAUGUCCCAGGUCCUCAAGCGCAAUAUUUAUCAGCUGAGUGAGCUGGGAAUCCCCCCUAAUCCGAUCCAAGCCCCUGAUCCGGACCCGCUAGCCCCCAUCGGAUAUUCUUGCGUCUUUUGGCUUGACCAUCUCGCGGAUCUGGAUAACAGCGAAGACAACGAGAUGGCGACCGAUGAUGCCCAAGACACGCUUGUCUCUGCACUUGUCUCUCAAAUCAAGACGUUUAUUGGUACCAAGUAUCUUUACUGGUUGGAGGCCCUUAGUCUUUUGAAAAAGAUGCCAGAAGGCAUCAUCGCGAUGAGAAAGUUGCGGAAAUUCUUCGGGAAUCGGAUGGGACAAGACUCAGAUAACUUGAUUCAAGAUGCCUAUCGAUUUAUCCUGGCAGCCAAACAAACGAUCGAAGAAUUCCCGCUUCAAGUUCAUCCAUCGGCCCUCAUGAUUUGUCCAGGCGGCAGCAAGAUUAGGAAGCUCGCUUUGGAAGAAAGACCCCAGUUAUUCGUGAUGAAACAUGGCGUACGAACGUCCUGGGACUCAUGCCUGCAAACAUUGAAUAUGCAUUGGAAUGCCACAUGUGUAGCCUUAUCUCCAGACGGCAAUCUCGUGGCGUCGAAAUUUGAAUUCGGCAUAAGUGUCUGGGAUAUGGCCACCGGGACCUUGCUGAAAUUUUUUCAGAGGCCUUUGGGGGGGGCCAACCACGUAAUGUUCUCCCCGAAUAGCCAGCAAGUGGCCGCAGUUGCAGAUGACAAAGCUAUUGUCAUUUGGGAUAUUGGAUCCGGCGAGGCAAAAAUGAAAUUGGAAAGCGAUGGGGGCUGGCCCUACAAUCCAUGCUUCUCGCCGGAUGGAAGUCGCCUCGCGGCCAAAUGUGGUACCUACAUCCUGAUCUGGGAUCCGAAUUCCGGCGAACGAAUUCACAAGUUGAACGACAAUCAGUCUGUCGGCGCAUUAUCGUUCUCACCAGAUGGCAAGCGACUGAUCUCAUGCUCUCACGAGGGGGCUAUAACGGUCUGGGAUGCGGGUGGGAAAUGCAUGAGCACUCGGACAGAAUCCUGGCCUAAAGCUUACGGCUAUCCGUGCAUCGCACCCGACAUCUCUCGUGUAGCAUUCCGUUACACAGCUGAGAGCAUUGGUAUUUUCGACAUAGCCUCCAGUCGAUGUACCAGAGCCAAGAACCUUGGUAUGAUUGCGGCUGGCCCAGAAUUCUUCCCAAAUGGUCGGCAGCUGGCCGUGGCCCUUUGGAGCAGUGAGAUUAAAAUCUGGGACAUCGAUGGAGACACUCCCGUGAGGACAUUGAGAGGCCAUUAUGAGCAAAUAAUGUCAAUUGCGAUUUCGCGCGAUGGCAGUCGCUUGGUAUCAUCCUACCGAGAUGGAAGUGGAAUCAUCGACAUUUGGGAUACAGCCAAAGGCGAGCAGGUGCAGACAUUCACUGGCCACACGUAUGAAGUCCGCCACAUGUCGUUCUCACCAGAUGGGCGACUCCUGGCGUCUGCAUCACCACCUCAUCACGUCAGAAUCUGGGAUAUGGCUACAGAUACUUGCGUGUACAUACUGAAUGGCCGUUCCCGCGAGGUCUGUUUGGUAAAGUUCUCACCUGACUCUUGCAAAUUGGCGUCAGUGUCGACAUAUGACGGUACAAUUACAAUCUGGGACCUUGCUGCAGGGUCAUGCGUUGUGUUAGAAUGCGAGUCUCGAUGCCGCAUGCCCGUUGACUUCAAUAAGGAUGGAACAGUCCUUGCCUCGGGCGGAGGUCACAAUGGAAUCAGAAUAUGGGAUGGCGUCACAGGCCGGUGCAUGCACACCUUGAUUUAUUCUCCAGCAGGGCCUACUAUAUGCGUGGCUUUCUCUCUAAAUGGUGCGGCAUUAGCAUCAGGAACAUCUAUGGACGUCAGAAUCUGGAAGCAAACUGAUGGACAGUUUGCUUGUGUACAGAUGCUGGAAUUAGAUUUCCUCCUCUUCUCGCUAGCCUUUUCUCCAGAUGGCAGGCAAAUCAUCUGUGGUUCGACAGACUACGAUAGAACAGAAGUAUGGAACUUUGAUGCUUCGUCGAGCUCGGCAACCUUUUGCCUGACGCUCCCGUGCGAUUCGAGUUCAUACAUCUCAUCGACGUUCGGGGAGAGCGAAACGCGAGGUACCUCAGAUCAUUGUUUGUACGGCUUGAAUGAGACGGGCCGUGAGAUUAUUCGAAACGGCGUGAUGAUUCUUUGGCUGCCUGACACCAAUCGCCUGCUACUCAAUAAUAUCCUAGGCAAGACACACAAGCCCUGGUUUUUGGUACGUGGCAGCACAGUCGUAAUUCAGGACCGCAUGUGUGGAUGCAUGAUUCUUUCGUUUACAUAA